AUGUCGAUUUCCUUUUUUCCAGUAAUUAAUGAAAGCCAAGAUCAUUGGGUCCCUUGGAAUCGUUUCAAUAAACGGGCCAUACUAGUUGAACCAUCUCGAAUUGCACGAUUUUCAAAUUCACGAUCUCCUCCUCAAUCUCCUAUGAUGAAAAGCCAAUUAUCUUCUUUUCAAAACUCUCCAACAAGAAAAAACCAAAAAAGCUUGUUCUUCCCAACUCCAGAGCCAAGCUUCUCAGAUGCUUUACCAUACCAAGCAUUGGAAGGGCGACCAAAAACAGCUAUAUUUAAAGAAAAAAUAAGAAUGUCAGCACAUUCGCAGAUAAAUGACGAUUAUUAUAACUCACUCUCAAACGAAAAUUACGACUCCAAACUAAAGUGCAUGCUCAAACCGACAAAACUGAAAUUUAUACUAGCUCCCUCCUCCGUGAGUGAAUAAAAAAUCUUGUUUGCUCACGGAGGGGGGUUAAUUUUUUUUUAAAAAAAUUAUAUAUCAAAAAAAACCUAAUUCGCAAAAACUGGAAAACAAAUAUUAAUUCAAUUUGCAAAAUUUGGUUUUAAAACCCAAUUUGUUUAUUAAAAACAAAAUAACUUGAGAUUUCAUUAUACUAUACUAAUUAUUACUUAUAUAUAAUUUUUUUUUUCAAAAAAAUUUUUGUUCACUCACGGAAGGUGGGUUUUUGGGCAAAAAAUAGGGAUUUUUCCAAUGGUUUUGUUCGCUCAAGAAGGGGGAGGAGUAACGAAAUUUGAUCCUUCUAGGCUGCUCAGUCCUCAAAGAAAGCAAAAAUUUUAUCAUUAUCCUCAAUCUUCAGAAAAGAAAACUGAAAAAAAUUUAGGACCGAUGCUUAAAGGAGUUAAAAUUCAGCCAUUUGGGCAUCCUAGGGCACGCACUCAGAAGAGGCAGGCAAGGCCUAAAAAAUUUUUGAAAAGUUGCUCUAUGAUUUCAACUGAAGAAAUAUUUGAGGUGAGCCAAACAAUUUUGUAA